CAGGUCGCUCGCUCGCCCACACACUGUCAAGUUCAACUCCCCGCUCCGCUCCCCCAAAGAUUCCAAAUUUUCCCAAAUCGCUGGCCUCAAUCGCCCGCGCCCCCGCCGAAUCCCCAGAUCCCCACCUCCUCCCGCGCGCCCCGGCCCCCAGCUCCGCCCAAUUCUAGGGUUCCCCGCCCGUACGCCAGCUCCCCACCGCCAGAUUAGGGUUUCCAUCUCGCAUUCCGCCCUCCCGGAGCUUCCCCUUCCGGGCGAUUGGAGCCGGAGAGGAGCGUCCGGCCGCGGCGAGCUGCGGGUUCCCUCUGCCUAGGGCCUGGAUUUCCGGCGGCGGGGGGGAUGUCGUGAACGCCGGAGCUUGCUUGCUUGCUCUUCCCCGUCCGUCGGGGAGCUGAGGUGAGCUGAGCUGAGCUCAGGCUAGGCUAGGGUUUCGUGCUGCGUGCUCCGUCAGCGAGGAGGGCAGCCGGAGAUGUUCUACUCGCAGUUCAUCUUGGCCAAGAAGGGCCCGCUCGGGACCAUAUGGAUCGCCGCGCACUUGGAGCGCAAGCUCCGCAAGAACCAGGUCACGGACACGGACAUCGGCGUCUCCGUAGAUUCAAUUAUAUUCCCUGAGGUUCCAAUUGCGCUGCGGUUAUCCAGUCAUCUUAUGGUAGGCGUGGUCAGAAUCUAUUCUCGGAAGGUCAACUACCUAUUUCAUGAUUGCAGUGAAGCCUUGCUCAAGAUAAAACAAGCAUUUAGGUCUGCUGCUGUUGAUCUCCCCCCUGAAGAAUCAACUGCUCCAUAUCAUUCUAUAACACUCCCUGAGACAUUCCAUCUUGAUGAUUUUGAGUUACCGGAGGCUGAGUUUCAGGGGGACAUUGAUCAUCAUGUAAGCUCAAAAGAACAGAUUACCCUGCAAGACAACCCAGAGAGAACAGGAUAUUCAACAUCUGAAUUUGGUUUAGAUGAAAGAUUUGGUGAUGGCAGUUCUUCACAUAUGGGUUUUGAUUUGGAGGAGGAAUUAUUGCUGGCGAAGGAUGAUCCAAUUCAACUCGAAUCUGGUGAUGGUAUCCUCAUUCAAGGUCAAUCAUCACUUCAUCCUACUGAUAUGGAUGUUGACGAUAACCCAAGUAAAGAUGAAGAGGCUGAAGCAUAUAACAAAAUGGAUGAUGAACCUUCUAGUUCCAGCAAGCAAAAUCAAUCGAAUGCAGAUGAUUUAAGAAACAAUAUUCCUAACUGGACUGGUUACAAUUUGCGUACCCCUGAUUUGAAUGAUAUGCUUUUCCACAAUGAAGGUGACGCGGGGCCAUCUUCUUCAUACUAUCAGCCUAGUCCCUUCCCUUGUGAUGAUCCUGCAUCUCCUGCCUCUCCUGCCUCUCCUGAGUUUGUAAGCGCUCAAGCCCCAGCUACACCUGGCUUAAUGGAAGAAACAGUUCCUUCCAGAGUGCAUGAAAGUCCUGUUCUGAGUCCGCAACGGAAAGCUUCACCAUCAAGCAACGAGGAAACUGCAAAGAUUGACAAUUUUGCUGCUCCGCCCUCAGAUUUUGUCCAUUCAGCCGCAGCAAAUGAUGUUGGGAUGGUUGAAUUUGGAUUGACUAAGCCUGUGCAAGUUGAGUCUUCUGGUGCCGCACAGGAGAAUUCUGCCGCUCCAUCCUUAGAUUUUCUCCAUUCAGCUACAGCUACAGCUAAUGCUAAUGAUGCUGUUGGUGCUGAGAUGGCUGAGUUUAGCUUGGUUAAGCCUGUGCAAGUUGAGUCUUCCGGUGCAGCACAGGAGAAUCUUGCCGCUCCAUCCUCAGAUCCUUUCCAUUCAGCUGCAGCAAAUGCUAAUGAUGCUGUUAGUGCUGAGUUUGCUGAAUUUGGAUUGGCUAAGCCUGUGCAAGUUGAAUCAUCUGGUGCUGUAGCUCCACCCUUGGAUUUUCUCCAUUCAGCUGCAGUAAAUGCUAAUGAUGCUGUUGGUGCUGAGAUGUCUGCAUAUAGAUUGACUAAUCCUGUGCAAGUUGAGUCUUCCGGUGCACCCUCAGAUUUUCUCCAUUCAGCUACAGCUAAUGCUAAUGAUGCUGUUGGUGCUGUACAAGAGAAUUUUGCUGCUCCACCCUCAGAUUUUUUCCAUCCAGGUGCAGCACAUGCUAAUGAUACUGCACAUGCUGAUGAUACUGUUGGUCCUGAGAUGACUGAAUUUAGAUUGGCUAAUCCUGUGCAAGUUGAGUCUUCUGGUGCUGUACAUCAUAAUUUUGCUGCUCCACCGUUAGAUUUUCUCCAUCCAGGUGCAGCACAUGCUAAUGAUGCUGUUGGUGCUGGGAUGGCUGAAUUUAGAUUGGCUGAGCCGGUGCAAGUUGAGUCUUCUGGUGCUGUGCGGGAGAUGGAUUUUCUGAGGCAACACUCUGCAACUGUGGAUAUGCCACCAGAACCACAAACAUCAAAGGCUACUGUUGAUAAGUUGGUGGUAAAUACUGAGGAUAUAGCUGUAUCAGGUAAAACACUGCCUUUUAAAGCAACCAUGGGAAGUGUGCCAUUUGUUCAGAAUACUUCGGAGCCACGCACUAAUGGUUCUACCGAGACAUACGUGACAGGGAAUCAAACACAUUUUAAUGAGGGGUCAGUAAACAUGCAAGGGUAUAAUUUUCUUGCUUCUAAUGUAUCUGUAGAGCCAUACCCUGGUGGUUCUACCGAGCCAUGGGUGACAGGGCAACAACAACAAAGCUUCUUGUCCCAAGCAAGUUGGGGUAGGCCUAGUGGUUCUACCGAGCCACGCGUGACAGGGCAUCCAACACAUUUUAAUGAGGGAUCAGUAAAUGUGCAAGGGUAUAAUCUGCAUGCUCCUAAUGUGUUUCUCGGACAUAACUUACAAGAAAUACCACCAGGAAUGACACACAGUAAUAUAUCAACUGCUGCUUUCCAACAGAACACUGGAACAAUACCGCAAUACAUGUCAUAUAAUGAUAGACCAAAUGACAUGUUCACCUCAAAUUUCCCAGAACGCGAGAGAAUGCUCUCAGCUCCAUAUAUUGGAUUCCACCAGACAAAUGACUUGGGGCAGUUAACUGCAGAGAAAGGAAUCACUGAAUCUGAUGGAAGUAACAAAAUAGGUAGCCUUAGUAGCAGAAAACGUCACUUGGAGGAUAGCAUGCCAGCUCCAGAGAGUAGGACUACUGAAAAUUUGUCCAGCACACCAGAUGGUCAAAGAACCACUGAUGCUAUUCCUAACGAUGAUGAUAUACUGGCAUCCAUUUUAGUUGGUAGAAGAACCCCUGGAUUGGUGCUUGAUUCAACUCCAUUACCACCUAAUGCAUCAACUUCAAAACGCCAAAGGUUGACACCGAAGACCGCAUUGACACCCAAGACCAGGACACCCAAGAGAAGAGUGAAAAUGGAUGAUGCCAUGGUUAUACAUGCUGAUAUUAUACGGCAGCAGUUGAUUAGUACCGAGGAUAUAAGGCGCAUCCGUAGAAAGGCUCCAUGCACCCGUACUGAAAUAUGGAUGAUCGAGAAAGGUUCACUUGAAGAUGAUAUAUUCCGCGAGCCUAUAUUUUCCUGUAUGCACAAGGACCUGAACGGUUUACACUAUCGAACCUAUGAGUCUGUUUCUCAAUUCACCGUACAUAACAGGGAACCGCAAGGACAAGUAGACAUGUCUGAAACUAUCCGAGCAGAUUACAGCAAUGCUGGCAUCUCUGGUGCAGAGGAAAGUGCAGCUCAUGAUCACCAACUUCAUAUGGUGCUACCAGAUACCAACAAUGUUGACAUCUCUGGUGCAAAGGACAGUGCAGCUCUUCAUCACGAACUGAAUAUGGGACUACCAGAUGGAGCUCACAACGUUGGCAUCUCUGGUGCAAAUGACAGUGCAGCUCUUGAUCACCAACUAAAUAUGGGACUACCAGAUGGAGCUCACAACGUUGGCAUCUCUGGUGCAAAUGACAGUGCAGCUCUUGAUCUGGGACUACCAGAUGGAGCUCACAACGCUGGCAUCUCUGGUGCAAAUGACAGUGCAGCUCUUGAUCACCAACUUCAUAUGGGACUACCAGAUGGUGCUCAAUUAGAUGCUACACCACAAGAAGCAACUGAUGCAGUUGAUGCUACAGCUGCAUUUGGUUUGCAAAUGCCAUCUGAUGAACGUGAUAACAACAUUGAAAAAGUAACUGAGUUUGGUGACGGGAAAGAAAUCCCACUUGUUGACGAAACAAAUGCUGCUGCAAACAUUACUGCUCAUGUUGAUACACUGGAUAAGGAUUGCCAUCAAGAUGCUUCGGCAGAUAUGCAGAGGAAUACAAAUGCUGAUACGCCUCUCUUUGUGCAAGAUGACAUAACCCAUGAUUCUGCUACUAUAACAGAUGCUCCUGAUGUUGCUUUGCAUAGUUCUGGCCCAGCUUGUGCACAAGCAGUGGAUCGCCGGGAAGGGGAAUUGAGUGACAUUGUUCGCAAUGAUAUUAAUACUUUUGAGGAUAGGGAGAUGCCCACUUCUGAGAUUACUGGACUGGAAUUCACCGAACAUGCCCCUGGUUUUCCUCAACCAACAGAGGAUGAUAAUGCUGCGUCGGCCAUGGGAGAAAAUUCUGGCUUGCAAGGAAACAAUGCAGGAUCCUUCAUGGACAUGGACAACACGGGGCAUGACUUCACGGACAUGGACAACACUGGGCAUGACUUUGCACUGAAGGAAUGCAGUGAUUUUGGAAGCGCAAUUCACGGUGUCGACACAGAUUUUCUACCCUAUGAUGAUGAUGGGGACUUUGAUGAGGCAAUUGAUCUUGAUGAUGACGACGAUGAGCCAAAUCCUGACGAAUUCCAGUCUCAUGAUGCACUUAGUGGCUGGUCGUCUCGUACCAAGGGUGUUGCAAGAUAUCUCAAGACUCUGUUCGAUGAAGAGUCUGGUCGGGGGAGAAAGAAUGUUGUCAUUGAUCAUCUGGUACAUGGAAAGUCUCGGAAAGAAGCCUCAAGGAUGUUCUUUGAGACCUUGGUCCUGUCGACGAAGGACUACAUUCAAGUGGACCAACCAAUUCCCUUUGGUUUAAUAAACGUGAAGCCAGUGUCCAAGCUCCUGAAGACAGAUUUCUAGACCAAGACCGCCCUAGCAAAAGUGGCAUGAUAUACAAUACAUCUUACAAUAUCUGUCACAGCACCAUCAACAACAUACAGAUUGCCUUCAUCUUCAUCGCCGUCGUCAUGACUUGCCCCCCGGAUUUUCGUUGUUUGUUGUUAAAUUUAUCUCCCUCCGUAGUAGUAUCGUGCCCCCCGCACUAAUCUGUGCCUAGCAGAGCUGAGCCGAGCUGAAGUAGUAGGGCUGUGUUGUUGUGCUCCAUCCAUGUCAGUGUACAUAUAUGAUUAGCCCGUGUAAAGUUAAGUUUUAUAUGCCGUGUAAUGUGGUAGUGUCGUUGGCUCAGAAGUUAUUGACUGCCUGUCGUUUCCUUGAACAGUCCUUGGGAACUGUAUGCAUCUGGAUCUGUUGGACUGCUUGUAUUUGGAAGUUUUCCUCAAGUUUCAGGACUGAUGAAUUUUACUGUCUUGAUGCAAUUUGGCAAGAACUUGCUCCGUUUGUUCCUUCUUUCUUCCUGUUUGUUUUCUGAACAUUUUUGUUGUUUUCUGAA